GUCAAAGGUCAACCUUCCGUGCAAUGUCCCAUGAUGCCGCGCGCUGCGCAGGCGCAGUACCCCGGUUCCGCCUGGCCCGUGUGAUUUCCUGUUCAACAUGUCUGCGACGUUACGCCCGUACCUGAACGCCGUGCGUUCCACGCUGACGGCAGCCAUGUGUCUGGAGAACUUUUCCUCGCAGGUGGUGGAGAGGCACAACAAACCGGAGGUGGAAGUCAGGAGUAGCAAAGAGUUGCUGUUGCAGCCGGUAACGAUCAGUCGGAACCAGAAGGAGAAAGUUCUCAUCGAGGGAUCAGUCAACUCUCUCCGCAUCUCCAUAGCUGUCAAGCAGGCUGAUGAGAUUGAGAAAAUUCUGUGUAACAAGUUCAUGGGCUUCAUGAUGAUGCGAGCAGAAAACUUCUUCAUCCUCAGAAGAAAACCUGUAGAGGGUUACGACAUAAGUUUCUUGAUCACAAACUUCCACACGGAGGCCAUGUACAAGCACAAACUGGUGGACUUCAUCAUCCACUUCAUGGAGGAGAUCGACAAGGAAAUCAGCGAGAUGAAACUCACCGUCAACGCAAGGGCACGUAUAUGUGCAGAGGAGUUCCUUAAGAAUUUCUAGUGGAAGUCGCCCAUCUCUCUCCCUCACUGCAGGCCAGACAGACGACAGUCGUGUACAAAUGAGCACCCAGAGGACUCUCUUUUAUACGUUCAUGCUAGAUCUAUAAUAGUACAUGUAUCCGUAAAUAAUUUCAUCAGGUCGAAAGAUACUUAGGGUAUACAAUUUUCUUCUUACACAACCAGUAAAGGUUCUCACCUGCUUA